GGUACGCCGACGCGUGCCUGUUUCUCUCAGGAGAGCAGGCGUCACAUGAUCCGUCAGAGACCCCAGCUGCCCUAUUCCAAUAUGGUGGCCGGUUUGGCAGCUCUACGAGUUUGUUUCACUUACCUGUUUGUCUCCGGCUUGUGGCUCGGCGCCUGCGGCCAGGUCGCCCCGCAAGUGCUGGGGCUCAGACUGGAAAACCCCGGCUCCUCCGUGUCUAUGACGAGCGACGGAGUCGUGAAGGCUCCCCUCCAGUCUGCAUUCGUGCUGCGGCUGUACGGAUCGCACCUAGCAAACCAAUCCUGGCCCUGGGUAGCGUUUGCAGGCAAGGAGGAGUCGAGCGGCGGCGGCGGCGGGGCGCCUGCUUCCCCUGGAGAGGACGACCCGUGUCGGGAGGCGAGUGUGAGGAGCGCUUCACGACUCCAGGUGCUGGGAGACUUCCGAGCGGACGGUGAGAACUCCGGUUUGUUUACCGUGCAGACAGACUCCGGCAGCGGUGCCAGCACCAGUACGAGCGGGGGAUUACGCUAUUAUUAUUAUCUUUGCGUCCGGGUCGGACCUGGAGACGAAUGGGCGCUUUACAAGGGCAAAGACACCGUCUUUCAGGUCGUGGAGACGCACGCACUUUCUACCCAAACCGAUGCGAUCCCAGUCUGGGGACUAGUGGUGGGCAUCGUCCUCCUUCUAGUCUCCUGCGCCGUUUUCAAAGGCUUGAACCUGAGCCUGCUGUGGCUGGACCCGCUGGAGCUGUACGUGCUGCACACCUGCGGCUCCGAAAGGGAGAAAAAAACAGCCCAGCGCCUGCAGCCCGUCCGGCGGAGGGGAAACUUUCUGCUCUGCGCCCUCCUCUUCCUUGGCGCCCUGGGGCAGUCCGCUCUCGGUGUCCUCUUCUACCGGGCUGUAAAUUCGACAGCUCCCGCCGUUUUCCUGUGCGGGUUCUUGGUCUUCGUCGUAGCCGAGCUGUUCCCGCACUUGCUCUGCUCCCGCUACGGGUUCAGGCUGGCCCCGGGGGUGGCGUGGCUGGCGCAGCUGUGCAUGCUGCUCACCUGCCCGCUCUCCUGCCCGCUCGCCCUGCUGCUGGACCUGGGGCUCGGCAGGGACGUGAGCACCUGCGCCACCCGCGAGAAGGUGAUGGACCUGAUGCGCUCCAACAGCGACCCGUACCAGGAGUUCGUGAAGGAGGAGUUCAGCCGGGGAGCGCUCCGCACCAAGACCGUGCAGGACGUGCUCACCCCGCUGAAGGAGUGCUUCAUGCUGCAGGCAGACACCGUGCUGGACUUCAGCGUCAUGUCACAGAUCAUGCAGAGCGGCUACACGCGGGUGCCGGUGUACGAAGAGGAGAGGUCCAACAUCGUAGACAUCCUGUAUGUGAAGGAUCUGGCCAUGGUGGAUCCGGAGGACCGAACCCCGAUGAGCACCAUCACCAAGUUCUACAACCACCCGCUCCACUUCGUGUUCGACGAUACCAAGCUGGAUGCCGUGCUCGAGGAGUUUAAAAAGGGUAAGUCUCACCUGGCGAUCGUGCAGAAGGUGAAUAACGAGGGGGAGGGAGACCCUUUCUAUGAGGUGCUGGGGCUGGUCACUCUGGAGGACGUCAUCGAGGAGAUCAUCAAGUCUGAGAUCCUGGACGAGUCCGACAUGUACAUGGAGUCGAAGGUGAAGAAGACCCCGCCCCCCAUGGGGACCCCCCUCGGGAGGCGCAGGGAGGAUGUGUCUCUCUUCAAGCUGCCCGACGCGGAGCUCAAGGUCAAGACGUCUCCGCAGCUGCUGCUGGCCACCCACCGCUUCCUCUCCAGAGAGGUGGAUCUCUUCAGUCCUCUCCGUGUCUCUGAGAAGAUUCUGCUCCACCUGCUCAAGCACCCAAGCGUCAACCAGGAGCUUAAAUUCGACCCGGCGGACCGGCUAAACGCAUCGCACUACCUGUACAACCGGAACCACCCUGUGGACUACUUCAUCCUCAUCCUGCAGGGUCGAGUGGAGGUGGAGAUCGGGAAGGAGGGGCUGAAGUUUGAGAACGGAGCCUUCACCUACUAUGGAGUUUCUGCGCUCACAUCGCCCUCUUCAGAGCACCAGUCCCCUGUGUCCACGCUGCACCAGUUUGAUUUCGGGGACAGCCCCCCGUCCUUGUACUGUCCCGACUACACGGUGCGCGCGCUCACAGACCUGCAGUUUGUGAAGGUGACGCGGCUGCAGUACUCGAACGCUCUGACUGCCUCUCGGGUGCACGUCUCCCCCCCCAACCCCCCCGACAGCAUGGAGCUCCAGAUUGUCCCGAGCAGUCAGACCAGACUGCUGAACGAGAGGAACGCUGGCCCAGUGUUCCCUGAAUGCUAUUCAAUCUUUGACACUAUAGAGAGCUACAGUUAAUACUCUGUGCACAGAGCGACUGGCUGGCAGGAGUAAAAGUAAAGAAACCGUCACAGUGGAGGAGAAUCCGGAAACGACUGCCGGAGACUGAGCAACUUCCAUUAUUAUUAUUAUUAUUAUUAUUAUUAUUAUUAUUAUUAUUAUCGCUGAGACAGCGGCUCUGGGCGGCUGCUUUCUUCUGAUUUGAUUUUAUGUUAUUCUGUUUUUGUAAUCUGCUGAUGUGCCAAGCUCUAUCUGGGAUCAAUUCAAUUCCAAUUUCAAUGCUGUUUGGUUGGACGGCUCCCCUCGUUGACGUGCGCCCUCUGAUUACUGGAGAGCUUUAGAACGGGGGCUCCCCGCGAGUGGUUGAAAAUACAAGACUGUUGAUCAGGUGUGUGGGAAUGGGGAGCGUGGCCGAUCGAUUCUCUCAGUGAAGAGUGCGAAUGCGCAGGCGUGCCGAGGGAUCCACCACUGCGCGGCAAUUGGGGGUUUAUUCAUUUUAUUUUUUCGGUGCUGAUUUUCUCUUUCUCUCCCCCCUUUCCCCCCCUCUGUCUCUCCUGUCUCUCUCUUGCUCCUCUCAUUCUUCACCUUGCUCUCUGUCUCUCGCUAGCUCUCUCUCUCUCAUUUGAACAUGCUGAUUUUGAGGGCUGUGUGUGUUCUCAUGGAGAACGUCCCGAAGUUGUUUGGGUCGGUCUCUUCGAUUGCCCGUGCUGUCGCAGAGAGCCUUGUUUCUCUCUGAAGCGGGUGAACGGUUUUUUAAAGACAGAAUUUCAAUCAAAGCCAAUGAUAACCCUGUCCUAUUAAACACACUCUCUCUCUCUCACUUAUAAAAUUGUUAGGAUUUUGUUUUUCCAAAUGUUUCUUAGGAU